GGGCUUUCUGUUCGGAGAAACAAUCAAACGUUUUAGCGACGCUGUGUUUGACGGUGUCCGGUUUCCUCACACUGAGGGAUUGCAAUGCCCUCUGACUUUAUCUCCCUUUUCAGCGGGGACCUCGACCUGAAUUCACCCAGAUCCUUGUACUCUAAAGAGUCAGUGUAUGACCUUCUUCCCAGAGAGCUGCAGUUGCCUUCAUCCACUCAGCAAAGCCCAAAAGUCAUGAGUCAAAAGAGCGGCGGAGAGGCAGGGCCUCUCCCUUCAGCUUCUCUAGCAUCAGAUGCCUCUUCUCUGACCAUGGAAGGCCCUCGCAGUGCUUUUUCCACCUCUUCCAGCUCCACCAUGCAUUCCAGUAAUCUAACCAAUGACCAGAAACCAGUUAAAGCCAGUAAUGUUGAUCCAGACGACACCAGGAGUACCAAAGUGGUACCAGAGGCUGCUGGAGCAGAACGUGGAAAUAGUAACGGCAGGGGCAGCGGCGAGCUAGCAGGAGGAAAAGGUGUAACAACCCAGGAAGGCCCACUGCAUCACCCACUGACUCCAUCAAAGCGUCGCACCGUACUGAACAUCUCGCCACCUCCAGAAGAUUUGUUUGAUGACAGCCAGAUGUCCUGCCAAGAUGAUGGGACCCAGGAUACAGAGCAAAGUAACAGCAUCUGGAUGGAUGAAUCUCUGUCCAACUUCAGUGUGACGAGCACGUUGUCUUACAAUGACAACACAGAGGUGCCACGGAAGUCCCGCAAACGUACCCCCCGUCAAAGGCCUGGCCCUAAGACGGCGCCGCCAGGGGAGGGCAGCAUGGAUGUGUUUGAUGCAGACAGUGCCAAAGGCCCGCACUUUGUCCUGUCGCAGCUAGGCCCUGACAGCAAGGGAGGACAUAAAGGAAGUUCUGAUGAACCUCAGACUACUAUUCAGAAAGGAGGAAUUCUCUCGAUGCAGUUCCCACAAAAGAGUGAGGGGAAAGAGUUGAAGGUCCUCGUCCAGCCUGAGACCCAACACCGAGCCCGCUAUCUGACUGAAGGCAGCAGAGGAUCAGUGAAGGACCGCACUCAGCAGGGCUUCCCUACUGUAAAGAUGGAGGGAGUGAGUGAGCCAGUGGUUUUGCAGGUGUUCGUUGGCACAGAUGCCGGCCGCGUGAAGCCUCAUGGGUUUUACCAAGCCUGCAGGGUUACUGGUCGCAACACCACAGCCUGCAAGGAGGUUGAUAUUGAAGGCACAACUGUUAUCGAAGUGUCCCUGGAUCCAAGCUCCAACAUGACCCUAGCGGUGGACUGUGUUGGGAUCCUGAAGCUCCGCAACGCUGAUGUAGAGGCUCGCAUUGGGGUGGCCGGAUCAAAGAAGAAGAGCACACGUGCUCGGCUCGUGUUUCGGGUCAACAUCCCCCGUCCAGAUGGUUCAGUGCUUACACUACAGACUCCCUCAUCUCCAAUCCUGUGUACCCAGCCAGCAGGAGUGCCUGAAAUACUGAAAAAGUCACUGCACAGCUCUUCAGUGAGGGGUGGAGAGGAGGUCUUCAUCAUUGGAAAAAACUUUCUUAAAGACACCAAAGUCAUAUUUCACGAGAAUGCCUCUGAUGAGAAGUCAUGGAAGGCAGAGGCUGAAAUUGACAUGGAGCUUUUUCACCAGAAUCACCUGAUAGUAAAGGUUCCUCCCUACCAGAACCAAGUCAUCACAUCUAAAGUGUGUGUAGGAAUCUACGUGGUGACGAAUGCUGGGAGAUCCCAUGACGUUCAGCAAUUUACUUACACUCCAGAUCCAGCAACAAUCGAUGUUCCUGUGAAGAAAGAGUUGCCUUCUCCAGUGAAGACGUGUUCUUUUGAUGACCAAAUUAAAGAUGGAUCCCUGAUGCCUUUGUUGUCUUUAGUAAAGAGAGAAGAUGUCACUCCAAUGGAGGUGACAAGCAACCUUCAGUCUUCAGGAGUAUUUAAGACUGGUGAUCUGUGCACAGCCCAGCAGAACUCUGAUAUGACGGCAGGACAUCUAAAUAAAAACAGAGUAUUCUCCAGCAACCUGUCUCAGCCUGCAGGUGAUCCUGACAAAGGCCAGGCGCCUGUUUUUGCCAGCACUGAGCCCUUAAGCACCAUCCAGAAGCAGGACAUUGUUGCGGGCAGCUCGUUCUCUGUGCCUGCAGACUCUCUGCUUCAGCAAGGAUCACAGCAGUUCCUUUUGGAGACCAGAGAUGGCCUCAGGCAGGAGAGGCCAGGUGUCAGUUCUGGAGCUGUGGGGAGGUUGUGUGGGGAACCUGCAUCUCAACCGCAGCAGCUGCCACUCUUUCCUCCAGAUGAAGUAGCCCAGCUGGAAGAAGCAGUGAGACAACUAAAAGCCAAAGGAUACUGUAACUUAUCACUUCAAUCUGACAACCCUAUAACCAAACAGCAGCAGCAACACAUCCAGCAUCAGCAACAGAUCCAAAAACAGCAAAUUCAGCAGCAGCAACAGCAGCAGCAGGUUAUGGAGAAUCUGCAGCAGCAGCUGUUUCAGUCACAGAUGCAGAUGCACUGUGCCAUGUUUCAGGAUGCAUCCCAGGCCAAGAAUGGAGAGCUUCAGGUCUCAUCACCAGGUGUGGUGACUAACCAGGGAUCACUUUUCCAGCCGGACCAGCAACAGCAACAACAGCAACAACAACAGCAGCAGCAACAGCAAGCAGCUCUUUUUCAGCAGGCAAAUGAUCUUCUUUCUAUCCAGACAAACUUCCUCCAGCAGACCCCAUCUCACUCUUCACCACCGAUGUUUCACAAUCCCAGCACUCUGGCAGAAACGCAGGAUCCACAGGGGGCGCUCUUUCAAAAGGCCUCCCAGGAACAGGUCCAGGCUGCACUCUUCCAAAGCACCAUGACAGUGCUACAGUCUCCAGAGCAGCAAGCCUCAUCCCCUGGACUCUUCCUCCCCCAGACCUCUAUGUCCAAUCAGCUUUCAAACAACAGUUCUCAGCAACAGCAGCAGCAACAACAGCAGCAACAGCAGCAGCAGCUGGCCUUCCUUAGCGCUUUACAAUCUUCUUCCCCUGAACCACAGUCAGUAUUUCAGACCCAGAUCUCCCCCAUCCAGCAGAGAAGCCCCAUGGAGCAGGAGCAACCAUCUCAGCCUCAACACCACACACAGCCAGCCCAGCAGGCCACCCUGUUUCAGAACAUCUCCCCACAUUCAUCUACAAAUUCACUUUCUCCAGGCCAGCAGCAGCAGCAACAGCAGGCUGGCUUGCUGUUUUGCAGCAACACCCUUUCCACACCAGACCAGGGCUCUAGCAUCCUUUUCAGCAACAGGCCAAAUGCCUCCUUUGACCAACAACAGUCUAGUUUCUCAAGAGCCCCAAAACACCCCUCUGCCCUUUUCUCAAGCCAACAUGGUGACGGUAACCCAGCAAGAUCGCCCAGAACCCAUGACCUUAGGGAACCCUGCUGAACCACCACAGCAAGCCAUGUUUCAGGAGCAACAACCUAUGCAGCUGGGGAACAGCAGCAACAGAGAGGAGCAGCCUGUGGGUCUCUUCAUGCCUCAGUCCACUAUGGCCUCUCUGCAGGGGGGU